AUGGCAGAGACUCGGACGUACCGCAACCCCAUCAUCCCCGGCUUCGCGCCCGAUCCGUCCGUCGUUUUCGUUGACGGGGUGUUUUACCUCGCCACGUCGUCUUUCCACGUAUUCCCUGGAAUUCCCAUCUACGCAUCUACGGACUUGCAACAAUGGAAGCAGAUUGGCAAUGCGAUAAACCGCAGGGAGCAGCUCAAUCUCGAGCGAGCUGAGACGGCGGUAAUGCCCCUAGAUACUGGCAACGUCAUGGUCUCCAGCGCUGGUCUCUUUGCUCCAACGAUUCGCUACCAUGAGGGAACAUUUUACAUUAUCUGCACCAACGCAUUUCGCAAAAACGAGGAGUUCUGCCUGGACAACUUCUACGUCAGCACAAAGGACAUCUGGGCCGGAGACUGGUCCGACCCGGUCUACUUCCCUUUCCACGGCAUUGACCCGAACCUGUUCUUCGACGAAGACGGACGUGCUUACGUCCAGGGAUGCUGGAUGAUCAACCGUCUGAAGCAGCCCAGCUGCACCAUCAAGCAGCUCGAGAUCGACAUCAAAACGGGCAAGGCGCUCUCGGAAACCCGUGAGAUCUGGGGCGGAUAUGCCCGCUAUGACACCGAGGGUCCGCACAUCUACAAGCGCGGAGAGUGGUACUAUCUUCUCGUCGCGGAGGGCGGGACUUUUGAGCACCACCUCCUCAGCAUCGGGCGCUCCAAGAACAUCUGGGGCCCGUAUCAGUCGUGUCCGAGCAACCCCAUCAUGACCGCGGACGGGAAGCCGGAUGAGUAUAUACAGAAUAUCGGACACGGCGAGCUCUUCCAGGACCAGAGCGGUUCGUGGUGGGCUGCUGUGCUGGGCGUGCGCAACGAGAACGGGGCUCCGCCUCUGGGUCGCGAGACGUUCUUGACCGCGGUGGAGUGGCCCGAAGGAGGUUGGCCAACGGUUCAGCAGCCCAAGAUGGAGUUCCAGCGCAGUUUAUCCGGGUUGGUUGGGGCCAUCAAGUAUCUGCCUCCGUCGCCGGAGAAUGUCGAUAACGUCUACAUCAGAAAUGUAGAUCUUGAAAACUACGAUAUCAAGGGCGAGGCUGGCGACUUGACUUACAAGCUCAAAGCAAGCGCCUCUAGUAUUUCAACGCCAUCGGGUACGGCUACGUUCAUCGGAAAACGCCAGAGAUCGCUUGACUCCAGCGCUUCGGUAGUCCUGGACCUUUCGGCAACAAAGUCUGAAAAGAACGUCGUUGCAGGACUCGCGCUCUACAAAGACGCCCUGCGGCAUGUGUCUUUGAGCUACGACUUUAGCUCGAAACAACUUACCUUCGACGUCACGACAACGUCCGAAGAGAAGAAACAAAGGUCCUCGUUCUCUAUCGACUCGUCUACAAAGAGGUUGUACCUACGAGUCGUGACUUCGGUUCAAAAAUAUCAACUGUCUUACCGAGAGAAGGAGGAGGAAGAUUGGCGAGAGGUGGGAUCGGCGGAGGUGGCAGAUUUGGUCGCACGAGAGAUGACUGGGCCGAUAUUUGGUCUGUUUGCUCACGCCGUUGAUGCUGAAGCUGAAGGAGAGGAAGUGACGUUCAAGAAGUUUGUGAUUGAGGGACAAAAUAGUCUUGUCUGGUGA